GCUGUUUUUGUGUUCUCUUCCGAGGCGGAGAGAUCCGCCAAGUUGCGUUUUAGCAAGUCGCCGAUGUGGUGACCUACGCUGUAAUUCUGUCCUCUUUAAAACUAAAAGAAAACGUGAAAAAUUAAAAUUGACCUCGACGUAGCUCGGUGUAAAACAGAAAUGAGUGAUUAUCUGAUUUAUGAAUCAUUUAGCUCUUUCUGAAAGCCAGCACGCAGUGUUUGAGCGGAGAGGAAUCACACCGUAAACCAGGAGCCUCAUGUUUUCCACCGGCCAAGAGGAGACCUGCGCCCCGUCCAAAGACCCUGUCAAGUACGGGGAGCUGGUGGUCCUGGGGUACAAUGGGUCUCUGCCAAACGGAGAUCGAGGUCGGAGGAAAAGCAGAUUUGCUCUCUACCGGAGGACCAAGGCCAACGGGGUUAAGCCUAGCACCGUGCACAUCCUCAACACGCCACAGGCUAGCAAGGCUGUGAACUGCAAAGGCCAGCACAGUAUCUCUUACACGCUGUCUCGGAACCAGACCGUGGUGGUGGAGUACUGCCACGACAAAGACACAGACAUGUUCCAGAUCGGCCGCUCUACGGAGAGCCCCAUCGACUUCGUGGUGACGGACACGGUGUCGGGGGCCCAGGAAGGCGAGGACACGCCCAUCACCCAGAGCACCAUCUCCCGCUUCGCCUGCCGCGUGGUCUGCCAGCGCGGCCCGCCCUUCACCGCCCGCAUCUACGCCGCCGGCUUCGACUCCUCCAAGAACAUCUUCCUGGGGGUGAGCGAGAAAGCCGCCAAGUGGAAGAACCCGGACGGUCACAUGGACGGGCUGACGACCAAUGGCGUGCUGGUGAUGCACCCCAGGGGCGGGUUCACGGAGGAGUCAAAGCCCGGCGUCUGGAGGGAGAUCUCGGUGUGCGGCGACGUGUACACGCUGAGAGAGACCCGCUCGGCCCAGACCCGGGGCAAACUGGUGGAGCACGAGAGCAACGUGCUGCAGGACGGCUCGCUGGUGGACCUGUGCGGGGCCACCCUGCUGUGGCGCACGGCCGACGGCCUCUUCCACACGCCCACGCAGAAGCACCUGGAGGCCCUGCGGCAGGAGAUCAACGCGGCGCGGCCCCAGUGCCCCGUGGGCCUCAACACGCUGGCCUUCCCCAGCAUGCAGCGGAGCCGCGCGCUCUCCUCCCUGGAGGAGAAGCAGCCCUGGGUCUACCUGGCGUGCGGCCACGUGCACGGCUACCACAACUGGGGCCACCGCUCGGAGCAGGAGCCCAACGCCCAGCGCGAGUGCCCCAUGUGCCGCGCGGUGGGCCCCUACGUGCCGCUGUGGCUUGGCUGCGAGCCCGCCUUCUACGUGGACACGGGCGCGCCCACGCACGCCUUCGUGCCGUGCGGACACGUGUGCUCGGAGAAGUCCGUCAAGUACUGGUCGGAGAUCCCCCUGCCCCACGGGACGCACGCCUUCCACGCGGCCUGCCCAUUCUGCGCCACCCAGCUGGGCCUCUCCCAGGGGUGCGCCAAGCUCAUCUUCCAGGGCCCCAUCGACUGAGCGCGAGGGCCCCGGCCGUCGGUACCGAGAUGCUCCCGGAGUGGCACCAUGCUGUGAAGCUGUUCUUAUUAUACUGCGUUACGAUUUACUUUAUUUUGUUCCGUUAUUUUUUUGAUUCAACAGAUUUUAAACCCAGACUUUAGAAAGGAGUGAGAUGUUUUUGAAGGUCUUCAUGGACCGUGGGUCGGACCCUACGGGGGGUUUCGGAGCCUCCUUUGGGUUCCUUUGCUCCCCCCGGCCUACAGAGAGGUUCGGCCCAGCAGAUCAGAGACACCCCCUCACCUCCUGAAUGCGUUAAGUGGACACGCCUCUACUCCGAGCCCACGGUGGACUGAGCUCCGGUCGGGUCAUGGGAGGUGAACCCUGUUUUACCCUGUGUUCUAACAGAACUGACUCAUGCACAUGACACAGAGGCAGGUGUGGACGAGGGUCCGGGAGGGGGGGACCCCCGUGGCGGCCGGAGACACGGAGCCAGACAGCUGGACUGUUGGCUGGGAAGGGGGCCAGUCGAGACCGCAGCUUCCCGCGGUCCUAAUGACAUCCAGACCCUGGCCCCUACCGAGAGGUGAUCCUGAUCCAGCGAAGGCAACGGACUGCUUUUAAUAAAGAUGAGGCCGCUUCUGUUGGGAGGGCAGAGAUAUAUUCCAGUGCCUCACUUUCAACUACGGAAAUCGAUUUUUGCUUUUUUUCAAGGUGAGGAAAGCUCUCUUGCUUUUGGCAAGGGGAGGGCUAGAUUUUGAGAGAUUACAGACAUGUAAAUCAAAUGAGUUUCCUUCCAUAUGUUUUUUUUUUUUUUGUCAGUCAGAAGAGAUAUUUUACUACACUGAGGCCGUUGUACUGUUUUGUAAUGAAAAUGUUAAUAUAUUUUUCUCUCGCCUAAGUUUUGAGUGUAUAUAUGUACGUAUGUCUAUUGCUGUGGGAGCUUGCUAACCCUGCCCUUUGACCUUAUAACCCCUGUGGCUGUUUCUAGGAUCCAAGUGCCCCCAAAAAGUUAAAAGCCAGCGAAAUUCAUCCAUCUCACAUUACCACCACCACAAACCCAAACCAACACAUCAAAACACCAAACACACCCAAACUUUCCAGACCUUACUUCUCCAACCAACACCAAACAAAGCGAUCACAAAAUCCAAAUCUAUCUUUUGGUGGUUUGGACAAUGAAUGUAUUUCAAUUACAUUAACGAUCUUACCAACAGUGCUUUAUUACCGUAUGUCAUGAAACCCCUCUCCCAACUGUACCGAUGCACAUUGUUGAUGUCGCCCAGAAUGAAGACUCCAUCUUGAAUAGAUAAUGCACAUGCAUCCUCUCUUGGCAUGACUCACUAACACUCGCCUGCUCUAGCUUUAGUCUCCAGGGGGGGCAUCCAAUUACCUUAUUGGUUUUUUUUAUGCGAUCGAUUUCAAGGAGCAAAAUCUCAGCAGCACCAAAAGAUUAUGCCAAAACCUAGAAACGGCGUGUUCUCCCCAAGCUAAGAAGCUCCGACGUCUUUGUUGGAUACAGAGCGUUGGGCGUAAACGUGAUCCUUCAUCCAGACGCUGCUACGAUGACGCGUUGACGUUAACGGGCUCCAUGGUCGAACUCGCCGGCUCAGCCGAUUAAAGAUGACGUUUGCAGCAGCUCACCCAAUACCAAAUAUGUUAACCUCCUGCUGUGUGCAAUCAAAGUUGGCCAAAGUGCAAAUGUAUUGGAGCUGGAGAGCGGUCGUACGGUGCCCGUAUGCAGAGAUCCAGUAGUUUAUAGACUAGAAUACCGUAAUACGGUAUUCUGAGAUGAAACGAACGCGGGACUAGCAGAGCUAUGUUUUGAAGAAGAAAACUUCCACAUAUGGGUCUUAUAAAUGUAGACCAAUAAAAAAAGAUAUGAUCAUCUUAAAGGUGGGCUGCUGAGAAUACGAAAAGAUACAUCCUUUGUCUUUCCCAUGAAACGUGGCUCGCAGUGUGUUGCAACCUCUGCCCAGAUUGAUACCUGCAGAGCGUUCACCAGAUGUCCUUUUUAUAUCUCAACACGAGGCAUGCCGGUCAAGGAGGGAAAGUAUAGCAUUCCUCCUUCUAACACUUGAGCUAAACAGCACUGCCCGUUGCUGUCGACCCAGCGUUGUUAACAGCUGCGCCGUAGCUGCAGUAAUAACAUUCCUCCUUGGUAAACACGGGUGGGGCCCUCAGUAGACCGCAGGGCUCGUUCUGUGUACCUGCAAGGCUCCUGUGCAGGGACUCUGCACACGGGUCAUGGAACAGCCCGAUGCAUACCUUGCAAAGAUAAAGUUUUUGUUUUGAAAAAAGAAAA